CGACGCUUCUUUUCAAGUGGAAAACGAACGCGAGACGUCAACCCUCUUAUCCCAGCACCGAGUCCAUCAACCCAACAACGCCCACUGCAUCACGGCGAUAGCGAAUCUCCCCGCCGCUCCAGCCCGUCGGGCCCUCGCCAGCCAAGAUGCCCGUCGUCAAGGGAGGCGUGUGGACCAACAUCGAGGACGAAAUCCUCAAGGCGUCAGUGUCCAAGUAUGGGUUGAACCAGUGGGCUCGCGUGUCGUCGCUGCUGGCGCGCAAGACGCCCAAGCAGUGCAAGGCGCGAUGGAACGAAUGGCUGGACCCGAGCAUCCGGAAGAUCGAGUGGAGCAAGGAUGAGGACGAGAAGCUGCUGCACCUGGCCAAGCUGAUGCCCACCCAGUGGCGCACCAUCGCCCCCAUCGUUGGCCGCACCGCGAACCAGUGCCUCGAGCGCUACCAGAAGCUCCUUGACGAGGCUGAGCAGAAGGAGUCCGGUGCUCUGGGCCUGACGGGGUCCGGAGGCGAGGCGCGCGCCCCGACCGCCGACUCGGUCCGCCGCCUGCGCCCCGGCGAGAUUGAUCCGGACCCGGAAACGAAGCCGGCAAAGGCCGACACGGUUGAUCUGGACGAGGACGAGAAGGAGAUGCUGAGCGAGGCCCGUGCCCGUCUGGCGAACACGCAGGGUAAAAAAGCAAAGCGCAAGGCCCGCGAGCGCCAGCAGGAGGAGUCGCGCCGGCUGGCGGCACUGCAGAAGCGUCGCGAGCUCAAGACGUCGGGUAUCAACAUCAAGGUCACGACGCGCAAAGCCGGGCAGAUGGACUACAAUGCCGACAUCCCCUUUGAACAGAAGCCGGUGCCGGGCUUCUACGAUACCAGCGAGGAGCACCAGCGCAACCAGCGCGAGCACGCCGCCUUCGACCCCAAGAAGGUGCAGCUGGCCACCAAGCGCAAGGGCGACCAGGACGAGGAUCCAGACCGCAAGAGGAGGAAGAACGACAAGGAGGACGCCUCGCUACAGGCCGCUCUCAAGGCCGGCCGCAUGCAAAAGAUGCGCGAAGCCGAGCAGAGCAGCAAGCGCCGCUCCCUGGUGCUACCCGCGCCACAGAUCAGCGAGGGCGAGCUGGAGGACAUUGUCAAGAUGGGAAUGUUGGGCGAGCGUGCCAGUGAGAUGGCGCGCGAGAGCGACAACACGGCGACAAGGGGCCUGGUCGGAUCCUACUCGCAGCUCAACAGCGGCGCCCCGAUCCGUACGCCCCUGGCCCCGGCCCAGGAGGACCACAUCGCCAACGAAAUCCGGAACAUACGCGCGCUUACCGAGACGCAGUCGUCGCUUUUGGGUGGCGAGAACACGCCGCUGCAUGAAGGGUCUGCAUCGACCGGGUUCGACGGUGUCGCACCCCGCAAACAGGUCAUGUCCACGCCCAACCCCCUCGCGACUCCUCUUCGGUCCGGCAUGGCCGGUAUGACACCCGGCGGGCCGGGCAUGACGCCGCGGGCGCCCGGCCAGACACCACUCCGCACGCCACGAGACGGGUUCGCACUCAACUCGGUCGGUGAUGAGGUGGCAGCAAAGCAGAAGCUGCUCAAAGGGCUAUCGGCGCUCCCGAAACCCAAAGAGACCGAGUGGGACCUUGAGCUGCCCGAGGAGCAGAUGGAGGUGGACUCUGUGGAGAAGCAGGAGGAGGACGCGGCCGAGCGGGAUCGGAGAGAGCGCGACAGGAGAGAGGCCGAGGAGGAGCUGGAGCGUAGGCGGCGGACCCAAACAGUGCAACGCGGCCUCCCCAGGCCGGCGGCUGUCGACGUCAGCCACCUGCUCAAGCGCGCGGACGAGCUCGAGGACCCAGCCGCGGCCAUGGUGGCGAAGGAGGUGGCUAUCCUCAUGGCCAACGACGCAGCGAAAUUCCCAGCUCCCGGCAGCCGGCCAGUAUCAAAACCGGCCGAGCUCGAGCGGAUCAGCGAUGCGGAUUUGGACGAGGCGCGGCUACAGAUUUUGGUCGAGCUCAGCGGUGUUCAAAAAUCGGAACACGUGCAGAAGGUUUGGGACCGGGAAAAGAGCAAUUCUCUGCUCCUGGGCCUUGGUUGCUACGACGAGGACGAGGAGGAGGAGCAGGUGGCGGCAAUGCAGGCUGCUCUCAAGGAAGUCCAAGAAGCCAUCCUGUCGUCGGCAGAAAAAGGCAACAAGCUGGAGAAGAAGCUCAACCUCCACCACGGCGGCUACAAGAACCGAGCAGAGAUGCUGCGCAAGAAGAUUGGGGAGGCGUCAGAGGCGCUGAACAAGGCCAACAAUGCGCUCGGCGCGUUCGAGAUGCUCUCGGUGUCGGAGGAGGUCGCAGUCAGGCGACGGCUCGAGGCGCUCCGCGAGGAGGUCGGAUAUGUCAGCCGGCGCGAGCGCGAGGCGCAGGAGCUCUACAGGCGGAUUAGGGAAGAGUCAGACGUCGUGCCGCAAGCCGCGGCGGUGGCCAACGGCUAUUAUUGAGACGGGGUCGAGGCGAUUCCAGCGGCCUCACUGUGGAUCGGCUGGCAACCCCGCCGACGACCUCAGAGUUGGCUUUCCCCGUUGUCCUUUUUUUUAUCACCAAAAUUGUCUUGUAAAAUACCAUCUACAUCAUUUGGCUUCUCCUUGGAGGGUUUGGCAUGUCUGCCUGCGUUACUGGCGAAGGAUCGGUACAAUCUGGGAUAAGCAGUUAAAAUGCGAGAGUGAGAACAAGGCCGCUGACAAGCUGGCUCGUAUAAACGCAAAGCCCCGAGCAUGUCUCGAAAGAUGACUGUAGCGUCUGAGAAGGAGCUC